UAUUGUCCGCCCCUUAAUCCGGUUGGCUCAGAGACUGCCCGCAGGCCAAUUUGUAAGUGGUUUGCGGAGCUGCCAAUCAAAGCAGACAUCCUCUCCUCAGGCUGUGGCAACGAAACAUCUCAGUUGCUGUGUGGAGAGAUUUGACGGAGGGACGCUGCUGUACAUGGACCAUCACUGCGCCUGCAAUCCGCCGCCUGUUCACACACACGCAUGUAAUGCCUCGGUGAAAUCUGGACGUACACGUUGGAGACGACACGCGUGUGAAUAUUCUAUCUUUGCAUGUAUGGAGAGGAGGAACUAGUCGCCGGGUCCGCGGCUGUUUGUCUUUUUUUUUUUUAAUCGUCCCCCCCUCCCCACCUCCACACAUAUCACUCUAAUUAGUCGGAGGCAUGUGGAAUCUCACCAGGAUUAGGAAUUGCUUCCCAAUAGUGUGCCUGCUGUUGACGUUAUGGACGGAGGUGUCCCAGUCAACCGGCUAUUUCGAGCUGCAGCUGAUCUCCGUGGAGAAUCAAAACGGCGAGUUGGCGGACGGGGAGUGCUGCGACGGUCCCCGGAGCUCCCAGGACCUGAGCUGCACUCAAGACGAGUGCGACACUUACUUCAAAGUGUGCCUGAAGGAAUAUCAGAUGGAGGUGGCCACCACUGGCUCCUGCACGUUCGGAGCUGAAUCUACGCAAGUUGUCGGUGGAAAUACGUUUUCUCUUGAGGGCGCCAACAAUAACCCGAAUAAAGUCCACAAUGCUGGCAGGAUUGUGAUCCCCUUCCAGUUUGCUUGGCCGCGGACAUACACGUUGAUUGUAGAGGCCUGGGACUGGGACAACAAGACACGAGAAACUGAGGAGGACCUGCUGAUUGAGCGCAGCGCCCACACUGGCAUGAUCAACCCUGGUGACCCCUGGCAGACCAUCAGGCACGAUGGGCCUGUGGCUCGCAUCACUUAUCGUAUCCGGGUAAAGUGUGACGAAAACUACUACACCAGCACGUGCAACAUACAGUGUUCUCCUCGUGACGACUACUUUGGCCACUACCGCUGUGGACCCUCCGGCACCCGUGUGUGCCUGGAUGGUUGGAUGGGCCACGACUGCACAAUAGCAAUCUGCAAGCAAGGUUGCAACCUGUUACAUGGCUCAUGCAGUGUCCCAGGCGAAUGCAAGUGCAGAUAUGGCUGGAAGGGCCAGUUUUGUGAUGAAUGUGAGCUCCAUCCUGGUUGUGUCCAUGGGACUUGCAACGCCCCCUGGCAGUGCAACUGCCAGAAGAACUGGGGUGGUCUGAUGUGCGAUAAAGAUCUGAAUUACUGCGGUCGCCAUCAGCCUUGUGUUAACGGAGGAACCUGUAUGAACACCCAGCCAGAUGAGUACCACUGUGCCUGUCCAGAGGGCUUCUCUGGAAAGAACUGUGAGAUAGCUGAGCACGCCUGUGUUUCCAGUCCUUGUGCAAAUGGUGGUACAUGCCACGAGGUUCCAGCAGGGUUUGAAUGCCAGUGUCCUCCAGGCUGGGAUAGUCCAACCUGUGCCGAUUUGGAUGACUGUGCUUCCAGUCCAUGUUCUCAUGGUGGAACUUGCAUUAACCUGAAGGAUGGAUUCGAGUGUGUGUGCCCCCCUCAGUGGGAAGGAAAGACCUGCCAGAUAGAUGCAAAUGAGUGUGCAAGACAGCCCUGUGUGAACGCUUACUCUUGCAAAAAUUUGAUUGGCGGAUAUCACUGCAGCUGUUUUCGGGGAUGGUCCGGACAAAACUGUGACAUCAAUACCAGUGCCUGCCAUGGUCAGUGCAAGAAUGGAGCAACUUGCCGCGCUGUGUUGGACAGCUUUGUGUGCGAAUGCCCACUGGAGUUCACUGGACAGCUGUGUGAGAUUCCAAGCUCGUCAUCUUCUGAUGCCUGUGAUCCAAACCCUUGUGAGAAUGAGGCCAAGUGUCAUAGCAUGGAACAGGACUUCUACUGUGCGUGUCCUGAAGGCUACGAAGGAAAGAUGUGUGAACGGCUCAAAGAGGAUUGCCAAACCACUCCAUGUCAAGCUAUUGACAGCUGCAGCAUUGCCGUUGCAACCAAUGACUCGGAUGGCAUACAGAACAUACCCUCCAAUGUCUGUGGUGCACGAGGACGCUGCAUCAGCCAGCCAGCCGGAAACUUCACCUGCGUCUGUGAUCUGGGUUUCAGUGGCAUCUACUGUCACGAGAAUAUUAACGACUGCAUAAGCAACCCAUGCAGAAAUGGGGGGACCUGCGUUGACAGAGUGAACUCAUUUCAGUGCGUUUGUCCCGAUGGAUGGGAGGGCAAACUCUGCGACCACAACGUCAACGAGUGCAGACACAAUCCUUGUAAGAAUGGUGGACAGUGCAUCGACCUGGUAAACGACUUCUACUGCAACUGCACCGAUAACUGGAAGGGCAAGACCUGCCAUUCCCGUGAGCGCCAGUGUGAUGAAACCACCUGCAGUAAUGGAGGAACCUGCGAUGACCACGGUGAUACCUUCCGCUGUGCAUGCCCACCUGGUUGGGGAGGAAAGACGUGCAACACAGCUAAGAACAGCACAUGCGCCUCCAGUCCUUGCUCUAACGGAGGGACUUGUGUGGGAGGAGGCGAUACCUUCACCUGCAUCUGUAAAGAGGGCUGGGAGGGCCCCACCUGUGGACAAAAUACAAACGACUGCGACCCUCAUCCAUGUUACAACGGUGGGAUCUGCGUGGACGGAGUCAACUGGUUCCGGUGUGAGUGCGCCCCCGGUUUCGCCGGACCUGACUGCAGAAUCAACAUAAACGAGUGCCAGUCUUCACCCUGUGCCUAUGGAGCCACCUGUGUGGAUGAGAUCAAUAGUUUCCGAUGCAUCUGUCCGCGUGGAAGAAAAGGAGCAAGAUGCCAAGAGUUCAUAGGCAUUGGGAAAACUUGCCACUAUACUGGGCUGCAGUUUCCACAUGGAAGCCACUGGGAGGAGGAGUGCAACAGCUGCCAUUGCCUCGAUGGCAAGGUGGAUUGUACAAAGGUGCUGUGUGGUCGCCGUCCGUGCCGGCUCGAGUCAUCGGGCCGUGACCAGUCCUGUCCAGCUGGACGAGAAUGUCUGCAGCAUAGCUACUUCACCUGCUUCUCCCCCCCUUGUCAUCAGUGGGGGGUUUGUUCAAUGGUUGGACCUCCACCUCCACAAGCAACCACCAAGUGCCAGCCAAACAGCGGCCAUUUGGACAACAGCUGCGGCCGCAUAACACUCGUUUUCAACAGAGACAAAGUACCGCCGGGAACAACAGUGGAGAAUAUCUGUUUUGAGCUGAGGUAUCUUCCUGAUACUAGACACUUGGCAAGAGAUCGCACCCUUCUCCUUCUCUGUGAUCUCUCUCAUACAAAUCAGGAUGCUGUAGAGGUGGCUAUAUCUUUCCAUCCAGAGGAUUUACCUGACCACAGUCUGAUCCAGGAGACAGCCAGUGCCAUUGUGGGCACCUUGUCCAAGCGGCACAAUAGCACCAUAAUGCUGGCAGUCAUUGAGGUCAAAGUGGAAACCCAGGUCAUGCGUCCUUCAGUGGAUUACCUGGUGCCUCUGCUAUGUGUCGCCUUUUGUUUGCUCUGCCUCUUCUGCAUCAUUGUAUGUGUUUGGUGGACACGCAAACGGAGAAAAGAGCGCGAGAGGACCUCCCGAUCAGCCAACGACGACAGCGUCAACAACCAGUGGGAGCCACUGCGGAUCGUUGUGCGACGUCAGCAGGAGCAGCAGCAGCUGAAAGAAAGCAACAGGGAGGCCGAGCAGGAGCGCAAAAAGCUCAUGGGCCCCUCCUGUCGGACGUACGAUGAGGAGGAGGAGGAGACGGAAGGCGAGCUUGAGCUCGAGGAGGAGUGCGGUGGAGCAGAGGCGGGAAAGCAGCUAGUUUAUAAGUACUCUAAGACUGCAGUGCGGCCCAGUGGAGGAGUGAUCUGCACCAUGCACAGCUCCAGUUCACCCCUCAAAGCCCCCCACCGGACCCCAGGCUACAGUCCCAAAGACAACCGCUGGAAAAAUGUCAGUGCGGUCCUGACUGGUCAGAAAGACCUCAGAGACUAUUGUGUAUGAGAGAUAUAUAUAUAAACAAAUGAGUUGCAGUGUGGAAGCAAGAGAAGCUGCAAGGCAGUGACUAUUUUUAGUUUGGACUAUUUUUGGAAAGAAAGGAAAAAGGCUUUUUGUUUAUAUAAGCCAUUGUUUGCUUCGUUUUCAUGUUUUCGUCACUGUCACCUGAAGUGAUUUUUGAUUCAGGAGGGCUAGAGCACAGUGAACAUCCUUUUUUUGAUUCUGUUACCUUAUUUUCCUUUACAUGUACACAGAAGGAGCUGAGAUGAAAUGAUAUUUCAGGAGGCGAAAGAAGCUUCUUGCAAUUUAUGUUUAUGGAGUUGUUGGUAAAUGGUGAGUCACUGAUAUGGAUUGAGGAAAAAAAAAAAACAGGCUGUAUAAUGAUUUUAUUUUUGUUUGUUUUGUUUACAGAUGAUUAUGAUUUUGUUAAACUAUCAGUGGGCUCCUGUUCAGUGUCUGUUGGGGCAGAUACACAUUAAAGGGAGAGAAAGGGAAGGGUUUUAUACAGACAUGGACUGUUGCAUUCAACAUUCAUUCAACAGGGGAAACCCUCCCUUUGCUCUAGUUUCCUUCCAGCUUUGCCCACCUGUGGCCGUCACACGCCAGCCUUACCAAAAACACUUGGCCUGGAGGGGAAGAGGGGGCAGAAACCCCAGUGCCUACUAUGUGGCCUUCCUUGUUUUUGUUUGUUUGUUUUUUCUUUUCUCCUGUCUCGUUUUCUUGGCUGAAAGCUCUGUUUGACGAUUUUUUGCAGUAUUUGAGUUGGUAGCAAGUGCCUUUCUAAGAGCUGCGUUCAGGCUCCAAGUUGCGCUGCCCAGUUUGACCUCCUUGUUCUCAAAUCUCAAAGGGAUCUGUGUACAUUUAGACUUCAAUUUCACAGCAACGCCAUUCAAGGUAUUUGAUCAAAGCAGAAAUGAAUACUCUGUACAUACAUGUAAAUACUAAAGGAGUCGCUGUGUAUAUUUGAAAUAAGUAACUUAAAAGACAAGUCACACAUUUUUAUUAUUAUUAUUAUUAUUAUGAUUAAUAUUAUUUUUAUUUUUUUUACAACGCCAUUCCUUUUAUUUAAUGCCAGUCCAAAUAGGCAGGUUUUAUAACACUUAAUACUCAGUCCCGCAGUUAAGAGUUAGGAACAUUUACAAUGAGGUACCACCUAUGAAGGAAUUUAUGAAGGGUUUAUAAAUGGUUUGUCAUGGGACUGUUUGUGUUGUUGUUGUUGUUGUUGUUUUUUGUUUUUGAGGGGGGGGGGGUAAUAUGUGUUUUGAAAUAUUAAAAAAAAGUGUUGUGUUUUUUUUUUUUUUUUUUCACCAUUACAUUAUGUGAUAGAAUAACUUUCACAGGGCCAAGGCAUCACUAGGCAUCCUGUUCGUGUCAUUGAUGUUAUUUUGGCUCUUUUCGGUCUAGCAUGUGGUCUCAAUAUCAGCUUCCCUUAGUGUUUUGUUUUAUUUGUUUUUUUUAGGGGGGUGUAUACACAAUUGGCAAAGUUAGAAGUAGGAAGCAUAACCUGGAUGUUUUAUUUUGUAGGAAAAUGUACUAUAAAUGGUUUAAUUUUGUUCUUAACUGUUAGUCCUAAGAUUUACUUGCUAUUUAUUUGAAAGUGAUGUAGAGAAAAUCAUAUUGCUAUUAUGGUCAAACCACCCUUUUGCUUUCUUUUUCAUUGCUGCUUUUUUUUUUUUUUUUUAAAGCUGCCAAUACUAUAGCCUUAACAAGUUUCCAAACCAUUUAUAAACCCAUCACAAACCCUUUUAUUUCAGGUGCCUUAAUGUAACAACGCAUUGUUUGUGUUAUCAGUGGUCGUGUUAUGUUGUUGGGGUUUUUUCUUUUUUUUUCUUUUUUUUGUUGUUCCACUAUUAAGGCAGGAAAGACAUCUUGUGGUGUACUGUGGUGUGCUUUAUUCGCUUGAGUAAAGUGCACUGCUGUCACUUUACUGUCAUGGAGAUUUCUAAAAUAAAACACAGAUGGAUGGUUUAAAAACAAAAGAAAAACCAGUCCACUCUUGGCAGUUUAGAGUGUUCUGAAUGUGGAUGUUAGUAGGUCAAAUGUGGACAUCUUGCAUUAGCAUUAGCUUGGUUUAAAGGCUUUAAUGAAGGGAACAAUGUUUGCAGAUGCAGAUUUUUCUUUGCCGUCAUGCAAAUGUGUUUUAAGUUACCAACUCAGUUUAAACAGUUUUACCCCUUUUCAUAUCAUGUCAUUGUCUCGAAACGCCAUUGUAUUUCUGUAAAUGGGACACAGCAAAAUAAAGAAUUAAAGAUGCAUCACUGCUGGUGUUAAAAGCUGAAUAUGCAUAUUGUAUACAUUUUAUUGUACAAGGGACAUGCGUUAAUUUUGUACAAAGCAAAAAGGGUGUUUCAGUGUUUUAAAUAAUCAUCCUACCUAUUUAUUAAAGCAGUUUUGACACACCGUGA